CACUAAGCACAUUUGCAGCGAGGAUCCUCCUUCUGGCAGCUGUUGCUAGGGAGACGUGUCAGUUGCCGGGGGGCUGUUGCCGUGGUAGCAAAGAUCACAACGACAUUCCUGGAUCCGGAAGGACACACCAUGACAGCCUCUCAUUGGACCUGGACUCCGGUGGCUCAGGAUGCCCAGUUCGCCCGCGCAUUCCACACCUGUACUCCCACCCGGGGAAAACUCUACCUAUACGGCGGGGUCAGAUCAGGGGACUCCAAAGGACCUCCACUUGGUGAUCUGGUAAUCUUUGACCCUGAGCAGAAAUCAUCAGUCAAUAGCAGCGUGCCGCCGGUUGUUUCCCGGAGGAGCCACCAUGACGCUGUCCCGUUGGGGGAGAGGUGGCUGUGCGUGGUGGGGGGCUGGGAUGGCUCGCAGCGCCUAUCCUCCAUCCUCGGUUAUGACACAGAGACCACAGAGUGGGCGACGUGGACAGGUGAAGCCUCCAGCAACCCUCCGGUGGGGCUGAGCAGCCACACGUGUACCAAGAUUUCGGACAAUGAGCUCUGCGUAGUCGGCAGGGAGGGAGGACUGCGGACACAGAGGCGGUACUCUAGCGUGUAUACUCUGCGGUUGAACGCCGGCUCCAAGACCUACAUGUACAAGGAGGAGGAUUGGCACACCGCGUCUCGGUCUGGGCAUUCCGCCGUUCUCUUGAGAAGCGACACAAAGAAAGCUGGAUAUUCCCUCUAUGUGUUUGGUGGGCGGGAGUCGUCUACGGUUGAUGUGGUUGGACACUGGAGCAGAGACAAAGUUCAGGAGAACACAGAGCCCUGUCCCCGACUUACGGAGCAGCUAGAGGGGGCAAAACGUGUCGAGCCCAAGGGUCUGAGGCACCAUUCGUGUUCCGUGGUUGGCCCCUUUGUGGUUGUAUUCGGCGGAGAGACUCCUUCCAGGGCCCGAGAUGCCAUUUGCAAUGACCUCUAUGUGGGAGACACACGUUCCUCCCCCAUGUCAUGGUUCCAAUUCCCAGGCUUCAAUCCCCAACACAAGAGAGUCGGCCAUCGGACCUGCCUACUAAAUGACCGCCUCUACUUGGUGGGCGGAUUCGGCGCAGACGACAAGACGCCAAGUCCUGAGAUUUGCAUGCUGGAUAUCAGUUUAUGACCAGGGUCUGGCCCAGGGGUAGGCAGAUAGGGGGCCCCCUCGGGCGCUUC